AUGUAUAUGCGCAGAGAUGCGAAAAAUUCCCAGCGGAGGUCCAACGAGGCUGAUUCGGUGUUCACUAACUCAGUGAAUAAAAGCAAUAAAGGCCAUUCGGCCUCUCAAGGAGAAUUCGAGGAGCAUUCCCUUACAGACACUUUGCAAAACCUCCCCAGUUAUUGGACAGUACUGAUCCCCUGUAGGCCACAUCAGGGGCGGAACAUAGGCAGAAGACACGGCGGUAGUCACAGGUCCCCCGACAUCCAAGCGCCAUCGAGGCCCUGCAGCCCCAGCCCCUGCCCAGCGUCCUGGUGGAGGCCUCAGCCCGGGAAACCCUGCCCGUCCAAGCGCUUCCGAUGGGAGGAACCCGAGGUCUGGGCUGGGCAGCCAGGGGCCGCAGUUCCCCCCUUCGUGGUGGCCCUGGCCGCGGACUGUGCCCUGCAGGUGCCACUGCGCGACGCCAACCUGGUGCUGGAGACCGCGCCCGCGUCCGUCCUGCGGGUGUCUCCCGGGGAUCACACCCUCAUCCUGGUCCACGAGGCCCUCCUGGGUUCGGUCGUCGAAGACUCCAGAGGGGAGAGCGACUCGCAUAUCAGCCUCGAACGGGGCUCUUUCCUGAGCGUUCCCGGGGACGACGUCGCCGCCGAGCAGGGAUCCUUCUGCGCAUCUGCCUCGGAGACCGCCGCCCAAGCAGAGGAGGAAGAGGACCCCGAGUUCCUGCAGCUCUGUAUCGACCCUCAAGCCGGCUCAGUCGCUGGGCUCUGUCCCUCCGCUAGAAGAGUCCCCAGUGCCUGCCCGCGGAGCCCCAUCCGAGAACCCUCUCCUCGGGUCCCAUCCCUGGACUCCAACCUUCUGGGGCCCUUGCCCAACUCACCACUCCAACCUCUGCCCCCUCUCCGAGUCCAGGCCCCCACAAGCGCCCCAGCGCUCUCUGGUGCAAAGCCCCGGAGACGCCUGUUCCAAGAAUUAACCUUUCCCAACAAUCCCUUA